AUGGAAGCCUGGGCCGCCUCCAACAUGAGCACUCUCUCCCCCUACGAGGACUUCAACGAGACUCUGUCGGCCCUGGUCACUCAGGCGCCCCUCGGGGACAGCAUCGAGGGGGAGGACAGGUACAAGCCCUACCACCUGCGGCCGGAGACUUACCUGGUGCCUAUCGUGUUUGCGGUCAUCUUCGUAACGGGAGUCGUGGGCAACGGGGCGCUUAUCUUCAUGUUCCUCAAGCACCCCAAGCUGAGGAACACGCCCAACACGCACCUUGUCUCGCUGGCUGCCGGGGACCUCCUGGUGGUGCUGCUGACGGUGCCCUUCACGUCGGUGGUGUACACGCUGCCCACCUACCCCUUCACGGAGGGCGUCUGCCGCGCCUCGGAGUUCGCCAAGGACCUGAGUCUCGGCAUCACGGUCUUCACGCUCACCGCCCUCAGCGCCGACCGGUACAUGGCGAUCGUAAGGCCCGUCAGCCACCACGUCUCGGACACCGCCGGCCGCCUCACUAUUAUCGUAACUGUGGUCAUCUGGGUUGUGUCCGCGGCGCUGGCACUCCCCGCGGCCGUGUUCUCCCAGACGCCGGAGCUGCACACUUCCACGGGGGACUCGUACCACAUCUGCACGCCCUACCCGCAGUACCUGGGCAAGGUGUACCCCAAGGUGCACGCCCUGGUCAAGGUGGUGGUGUACUACCUGCUGCCGUUGGUGCUCAUUGCCUCCUUCUACGUGUUGAUGGCGCGCCACCUCGUGCUGUCCGCCAAGCAGCUCCCCGGGGAGGCGGCGGGCCAGCAGCGGCAGGUGCGCGCCCGCAGGAAGGUGGCCAAGAUGGUGCUGGCCUUCGUCAUCAUCUUCGCCGUGUGCUUCCUGCCGCUCAACGUGUUCACGGUCUGGUGGCACCUCGACCCGCUCUCCGAGGACCGCUAUGACAUCACGUGGCACUCCAUCCGCAUCGUAGGCUUCUGCCUCUCCUUCGGCAACUCGUGCAUCAACCCCAUCGCCCUCUACUGCGUCAGCGGCACCUUCAGGAAGUACUACAACCGACACGUGUUCUGCUGGUGCGCCGGGCGGGGCCGACGCGGGGACUGGGAGGGCGCCGAGUCCACCGGCACGAGGCUCACCACGGCCAUGAAGACGGACCAGCUGCCCCUUAAGACUCUCAUCGCCUCCAAUGACAACGGCAGCAACCACCACCACCACCACCACCACCACAGCCACCGCCACGCGCCCGCCACAGCCACCACCACCACGGUGCUCUCCCGCCCGGGCCGCGACCACGACCCCGCCUCCCCGGUGUAG